GUGGGUGUGAACUAAAUUAAAUUGGAGGGAGUAAGGUGUCGACAUACUAGGUAGUCCAAACUCCAAAGUGCCAAGGAAACACCUGUAUCAGAUCAGCAUCAGGGUGUAUGAUCCUCUCUGAAAACAAAUUCUACCGAAUACUUGUGUAGUUGUGUUUCUCUUGUUUCCUCAUUUCAUCAAAACCCAUAAAAUUUGGUGCUACAAAAGGGGAAGAAACAAAUGAAGGCAGUAGUGAUAACUAGCCCAGGAAAUCCAGAGGUGCUGGAACUGCAAGAAGUAGAAGACCCAGAAAUCAAAGACAAUGAAGUUUUGAUCAAAGUUGAAGCAACUGCUCUUAAUCGAGCAGAUACCCUUCAAAGGAAGGGAUUCUACCCUCCCCCAGUUGGGGCUAGCCCUUAUCCUGGUCUAGAAUGUUCUGGAACCAUCCUCCAAGUUGGCAACAAUGUCACUCGCUGGAAAGUUGGUGAUCAGGUGUGUGCACUUCUCAGUGGAGGAGGUUAUGCUGAGAAAGUAGCUGUUCCUGCUGGACAUGUUCUCCCUGCCCCACCUGGUGUUUCUCUCAAGGAUGCUGCAAGUUUCCCUGAGGUGGCAUGCACUGUUUGGUCAACUGUUUUUAUGACGAGUCGACUGUCAGCAGGAGAAACAUUUUUGGUUCAUGGGGGCUCUAGUGGUAUUGGCACUUUUGCUAUUCAGAUAGCUAAGUAUUAUGGAGCAAAAGUAUUUGUGACAGCAGGUUCUGCGGAAAAGUUGGCAUUUUGCAAAGAUCUUGGAGCUGAUGUAUGCAUCAAUUACAAGACCGAAGAUUUUGUUGCAAGAGUGAAAGAAGAAACAGCUGGAAAAGGUGUUGAUGUAAUAUUGGACAACAUGGGAGGAACUUACUUACAGAGGAACAUCGACAGCUUGAAUUUAGAUGGACGGCUUUUUAUCAUUGGCUUGCAAGGUGGAGCAACCUCACAAAUUAAUCUUGCAAGUUUGCUUGCAAGGAGACUCACAGUUCAAGCUGCUGGCCUGCGAAAUAGAACUCUUGAGAACAAAGAAGUUAUCGUGAAAGAGGUGGAAAAGAAUGUGUGGCCUGCAAUCAUUGGGAACAAGGUGAAGCCUAUAGUGCACAAGUACUUCUCUUUGUCAGAGGCAGCUGAAGCCCACCAGCUUAUGGAGAGUAGCAAGCAUAUUGGCAAAAUAUUGCUUGUUCCAUGAUAAAUGAGAGGCUUGAUCCUAAGCCAAGUAGUCACAGACUCACAGAUUAUAACUUAUAAGUGACUGGAUAGUAUAUACUAGCACUGUAACAUAAAUGGCUGAUUGCAAAUACUUUUUGUUUGUACUACAUCGUGUAUGUUUGACUAUGUAAGUUAUCGAAAAGAUUUACAGUCAAGCAAUAGAAGUUUAAGAUUGUUGAGAUGAUCAA